GGGAGUGGGGAGGGUGUCCCAGGAGAGAUUCCCUAUAAGGCUGGCAAAGCGCACGAGGCUCUAGGGAGCUGAGUCUGGGGUCCAGCAGGUGUGGGGGCAGCGGAGAAGACGAAGGUGCAGAAGUACCCAACUGACGGCCUGACAGCAGCACUGGAAGUCGGAUAUCCCUCAGAGGGCGCCGGACAGGGUGACAUCCUGGCCACCAUGUCAAACGAAGAAGAACAGCAACCAGGUCCUGCCCCAGUGGAGGAGAAGGAGCAGCCCCAGGUCCAGGGUGAGAACCUGGUGACCCGAGUGGCCAGUCUGCCUCUGGUCAGUGCAACCUGUGCCAGGGCAUUGGCCGUAUACAGCUCUAUGAAGGAGAACCACCCAUUUCUGAACUCUCUGUGUGGAGUGGCUGAGCGCAGCCUUCAGAGCCUAACCACCAAAGCUGCCCAAGGGGCCCAGCCCAUCCUCAGCCUGCUGGAGCCACAGAUUACUUCAGUGAACAAAUAUGCGUGCAAGGGCCUGGACAAGCUGGAGGAGAAGUUGCCCCUCCUCCGGCAGCCAUCUCAGGAGGUUGUGACAUCGGCCAAGGACGCAGUAACCAGCAGUGUAACAAGAGUGGUGGGCCUGGCCCAGAAAGGUCGGCGAUGGAGUACCGAUUUGACUCGUUCGGUUGUAACCAGUGGGGUAGACACAGUAAUGGGCACCCGAAUGGGACAGAUGGUGACCAAUGGUGUGGAUGCCAUGCUGGGCAAGUCUGAAGAACUAAUGGAUCACUUCCUACCCAUGACUGACGAGGAACUUGAUGAGCUGGCUGCUGCAGCAGCUGAAGAUGGGGCCUUGGCCCCAGGGGCGGAUCAGAGUCAGAAAAGCUACUUUGUUCGGCUGGGAUCACUGUCAUCUCAACUCCAGCAGCGGGUAUACCAGCACUCACUGGGAAGACUCCGCCAGAAAAAGCACCAGGCCCAGGAAUCUUUCACCCAGCUACACGAUGCUCUGGAGAUGAUUCACCAUAUGAAGCAUGGCUCCAAUCACAACUUCCAGGGUGGGCAAGGAAGGCUUCAACAGCUGUGGCAAGACUGGAGUCUUCAGGAUAAGGAAUGCCACCAGAGCCAGGUGGAAUCGCAGACUCUGGACCUGUCCCGAGACCUAACUCAGGAGCUACAAGUCACAUGUGAGACACUGGCUGCUAGUGUGCAGGGGCUGCCCCUGGCCGUCCAGGCAAAGGUGCUAGAGGUCCAGCAGAGUGUGGAGGAGCUGCAUCAGGCCUUCUCUGCUGCACGUUCCUUCCAUGAUCUGCCACCGGCAGUUCUGGCAAAGGGCCGGGGCCACAUGGCACAGGCCCACACGACCGUGGAUGAGCUCCUGGAUUUUGUCUUACAAAGUAUCCCCCUGCCCUGGCUGGUGGGGCCCUUCUCACCCUUAAUAGUGGAGCGGCCCUGUACCCCACAGGAACUGAUAGACCAGGUCGAUGAGGUGGUAGUAGGCAAGAGGCCCCCCUUGCUGGAGGACCGCUGGGCCCAUAUGGAUUGGGUGGCCCAACAGGAGGCAUGGCAAGCUGCUCAGGAGGCUGCUGCAGUGGAGGAAGUUGAACCACCCAUGGUCCCCAGUCAGGAGGUCACGAAGGCCACAAUAAUGCCUGAGCUAGACUUCUAAGUAAUCUUCCCCUCUUGACCAAUGAACAAAUAUCAGCUGCUGGGUUUUAAAAGGGCAGGUUUAGGGCCAGGCAUCCCCCUCUCCUCAGCCCUGGCUGUCUCCUAAGGGCCUCCCCCAGGGGACAGGGGUUCUGAAGACCUGUUUUUGCCACCAGAACCUGAUUGCUUGGGCCUCUCUUUGAGCUAGGAAAGGAAGGAAGUACUUGGGAUGCUGUAAAUAGGGAGAACCAAUCUGAGCUUAAGGUUGGAUAGAGGGGAUGCCCAGAGAAGAGUGGAGGCUGAAUAUAUAAACCUGAGAUUGAUCUGCAGAUAGGUGAAAAUGGAAGCCAAGAGCUUCCAAUCAAGUUGCCUGGGGAGGGAAAGUCAAGUGAGGAAGGCUGAGGACACAACCCUGGGGAAGAGGAGGGAGGAAGCAUCCAUACCCCAUGAAUCAGAAAUGUCUUUUCUUCCUCAGCGGGGAGAGUUCAGGUGCUCUUUCUAAGGUGAGGAAAAGCCAGUCUCUGCAGCUAUUGGUCAGUGAUUUAAAGUUCAUUUUUCUAGACUGUGGGGUAAAUGGGAGGGAGGGAGAGAGGAAGGGAGGGAGGGAGGGAGGAAGGAAGGAAGGGAGGGAGGGAGGGAGGAAGGAAGGGAGGGAGGGAGGAAGGAAGGGAGGAAGGAAGGAAGGAAAAAGCCUAGAUUUGGAGCUGAAAGGAAGGGAAGAAGGGAUGAGGAGAGGGAGGGACAUAGUUCCUGUCCCACCCCGAAAAGCUACUGAUUUGAGGCAGGGGGUGUGAGGAGAUGGUUUCCAGGAGCCAGUCUCUAUUGCUGCCUUGACUCCACUCAGUAGGUAGUGAUGUAGCCUCUGCCCUCAGGAGGGCCCAGCAGCUUUGGAAAUAAUGCAUCUUCCACUGCCCAAGACUUCAGACUAAGUUAGCCUUACAGGGGCCUUCCCUUCCCCAUCUUCUAACCUUCACCUGAGUUUGAGGCACUAAAAACAGGCUGACCCAGGCCCAUCCCAAGAUGGGAGUGGGUGGGGGACACACUGGGAGGGAGUGCAAUAACUGUGUGUGGUUGGCUUUGUGGGCUGCCUCUGAAUAAAGUUGGUUUUAUUCUGGUUAAAGGCCA